AUGAUCCUGGAAGGGAAGCGGUGUGCAGCUUCCAACUCGGAGCAAGUUGCUUCCCCCGGGCAGAGGCGGUGGGGUAGCCCGGAGCGUGGGGGUGGGAGAGAGAAGGGAGACCCCGGCCCUCCACAAGGGGACGAGGACCCCGGCAGGCAGCCCGCGAGGUUCGGAAAGGGCCUCCUGGGGAUGCCAGCACCAAGCCACAACAGUGCUGCCCCCACCGCAGAAGGGGUGCGAGAGAUCAUCCAGAAGGACCUCUUGGCCGCUGACCUAAAAUGCAGCCUUUUUGCUUCCGCCCUGCAAAGCUACAAGAGGGACUCUGUCCUCCGGCCGUUCCCAGGACAUUACUCCUCGGAGGACAGUAAAGACUUUGAGGCUCUGACUUCCUUGUUUGGGGAAGGCACCUAUCUGACCAGCGACUUAAGCCUGGCCCUCCUCUACAGUCCACACAGUCUAGGCUGGCAGCGAAGCGCGAUGGGCCCAAUUCUCAGCUGUGUCGCAGUUUGCGAGGUCAUUGAUCAUCCAGAUGUCAAGUGCCAAGUGAAGAAAAAAGACUCUAAAGAAAUUGACAGGAAGAGAGCCAGAGUGAAGAACAGUGAAGGGGGUGACGUCCCUCAGAAAUAUUUUGUAGUUACAAACAACCAGCUGAUACGGGUGAAAUAUUUGCUAAUAUAUUCACAGAGGCAGCACCGAAGACUUUCCGGUCAAUCGUGGCUCUCCAAACAUCGUUUUGCGGUGAUGAUGACUCUCUACUUGCUGCUGCUGGUUAUCAUAGGGACUAGCAACUCGCCAGCUUUCCUCUACUACUGGAACCGAAUUUUUGACUUCAAGCAAUGAUACUUGGUGCAUCUUGGGCUACAGGGUGGAAUCCGGGGUGGAUGGGUGGGGGGAAGAAGACUAAUGAUCUUCACCAGGUGCCUUAACAGGGAGAAAUGUUCAGUUUUUGUGAAUCCCAUCAGCCUGAAAAGCAGGACAACGUGAUGGGGGUUGUGACAGGAAUAUUUCAGUGGCCUUAAUUUUUCUGAUUCCUUAGCGUUUGGGAUAGAUAGUUUCCAAAAAAGACUCAGCUGAGGAGAGCUGCCCCUUCCUUGGUCUGCUAAGGGGCUCACAACAAGGUCUCAGAAAUGCCUUCAGAGCUGAAGAAUGAAAAAACAGGGAGCAUUAACCUUUAAAGAAAACACUUCAUCACAAUUCUGACGUGCUGGUAUACUUAGGCUUGUUCUGAAUUCUGAGGAGAUUUUGCAGGGCGAAGGAUGGCAGAACAGGGAGUGUUAGCCUUUAGAGAAAACAUUUCAUCACAAUUCUGACAUGCUGGUAUACUUAGGCUUGUUCUGAAUUCUGAGGAGAUUUUGCAGGGCGAAGGAUGGCAGAACAGGGAGUGUUAGCCUUUAGAGAAAACAUUUCAUCACAAUUCUGACAUGCUGUUAACAAGUUAGGCUUGUUCUUAACCCUGAGGGGAUUUUGUAGGGUCUCCUUUGAAAACCACACUGUGUUUUAAUACCAGUGGUGAAAGGCAGAGAGGGGGACAAACUUGCUCUCAUUUAAAGUGUACCUUUGUGAUGAAAUGAUCAGGUUGGAAAUAUUCAUGCCAUUUGAGAGCAAUAAUGACAAUCAAGCUAUCUGGAUUCCCACAACAUACUUCAAUCUGGCUAAGGAAGCAGAACUUUUUUGAGGUUUGCAUAUUAACUCAGCCCAAAGGCUGGAUCUAUCCAAAUUGCUAGGCUUUGAAAAUCUUAACACUGAUGAAUACUAACCACCCUGAGCAUCUUGUGCUCGGCGUUUACCUGAGCUGCUUGAGUGUUGUGCAAACACACCACUGGCUGCUUAACUCCUGGUGAGGUUUGCAGAGGAACUCACACUUAGAAGAUACUCCCAGGCUCAGCAACAUUGAGUUGGGCAACUGUGAAGUCUCACCUUGCGCUCUUCGCACAACAACAGAUUGCACCACCAAUGGCUGAUGCCUGAUGUUGUGACCAGACUCUGUGGAGAUCCCCUGCACAAAAUAAAAAUUGCCAAGCACUUUAUCAUCUGUAGGAAGGAAACAGUUGUUCUUUUGCCCGAGACACAAAAUGGAAGUGGCCGUGAACUGUCCGAUGCUGUUCCUCUUGCUUUCUCUUCCUCCUCUGCGUUGGUUCUUCUCUGGUUUGUGUUUCUUAACAUCUAGGUUAAAAAAAGCUAUGUAAAUCUCCAGGGAUAUUGGAAGCCUGGUUUGCUCUUUGUGUGAUGUCAGCUGUUUAGGGUAGACCAGAUCAGGAAACACCGCCAGAAGACUAGAAGUUGGCUUUAUGGAGAUAGGCUGUCUUGGCAGCCUAUCUCCAUAAAAUAGCAGUAACAGGAUCUUAAAACUUGGGUCGUGUUUUACUUCCCCUCACCUUCAAACCCCCAUUGAUCCAGGGAAGGCCCAGGCUGGGUCUCUCUUUCAAACCACCUCCCUUCCCAGGACUUAAGGAAUGUUUCAGCUCUCUUUACCCCACAUAACUGUUUCGGAAUAUUUGCUACAUGGUUCUAUUCAAUUGACUUCUAGACCAUGUCUUAUUUGCUGGUUGCCUUCACCACUAGCUCAAAAUGUCUGGAAUAUUUCCAGGGGUGUUUAUUAUUGGGGGAUCCUAAAGUCAAGAUAGCAACUUCAACGCCAUGGCUGGAUUGAAGGACUUUUGAUGGCAUUGGAGCUGGUGCCAUCUUCACCCUCCCUGUAGACACCCCUGCCUAAGCCCCUGCUACGUUUACCAAGCACACUCCCCCAAGUCACUGAGGAACUACUGGCAGAUUGAUUUGCAUAACCUUGGUUAGACUUUGGAGCUAUAACAUUUAAUGCAAACCCUGAAAAUAGGUUAAUUCAGUAAUUGAGAGAAAUGUAUUAACCACAGUUACACAGUCAAGUACCUUGAUUGGGGUUUUGCGUUGGUUUGGAGAGGAGAAAUGAGUUAUGCAAAUACCAUCUGCUUAGUUUACCAUUCCUGCAGAAUAGUGCGCCAUGCUAGAAAAUGGAUUCAUUGGGUAAAUGGAUAGGUAUACUCGAAUGCAGGUUUCAAUCACAUGGUUGCAGUUGCCAUUUUGACUUUUUUCCAUCCUCCAACAUCCCUGGAUCCCUCCAACAUCUGUGCAAGUUGGGGGCCAUGAGGUUGGGGUUCACUCCUUCCAGUUUUCCAUUGAUCAAGUCAAGUUAGCAACUUUCACGCGCUACCAAAAGUGUUCUGAAAACCUCAAAAUCAAUUUGUACAAUGAGUAACAGGAGAGAAAGGUAGUUUAGGUCUAAUGUUUUACAUACUGUAGGAAACCCAACUCUUGUCUUAGCAUAAUGUCUGAAUCAAGCCAGCAUGAAAAUCUGUGUGGCCAGACCAGUGCAGUCAACUGUAGACUUCAUUAAAAAAAAAAAGAUUUUCCUAAAUUGCUCAUUUUUCACCAGUUUCCCUUUGUUUAUCUGAACCAGGGAGAUAAAAAGAACAACAGAAAAAGAAAAAGCAGACCAGGAGCAAAACAAUAAGACGUAAGGGCUUCUUAAAUCUGUAUAUAUGUAAAUAAAAUUUUACAUAAAGUUUCAAUAAAGGAUGACUACAAUCGAC